AUGCUGGGCCUUUCAACUUUCAUUCCGCGUGACCCGUUUCACCAACUUACGGUUACUCUGUGUGUUGUCGGUGUGUUCCUUGCGGUAGUCUUUGCCCUUGCGUUCCGGCCGAAGAGUAAAGAUCAAACACCUAGUACGUUUGAAGCAUACCUCAAAUUCAUCUAUGGGUGCUUCUUGAAGCCUCAUACUGGUGAUGGGUCGGGAAGCCAGCAGGAUGCUUUAGAAAGUUUCUACAAAGCCCAGGCCGAUGUUUAUGACGCCACCCGCCUUAAGCUUCUCCGAGGUCGUGAGGAUAUGUUGGGACUGGUCGCUGCGCAGCUGAAGCACCGUACCGAAGCGGGCUUGAUCUCGCAGCGACCUGUAUGGGUUGAUAUUGGUGGAGGAACUGGUCACAAUGUUGAACAAAUGAAUGCUUUCGUGCCGGUGGCAAGCUUCUUUCGCGCAGUUUAUGUCGUCGAUCUCUCUCCAUCACUGUGCGAGAUGGCCAGAAAACGCUUCGCCCGUCUCGGCUGGACAAACGUCAAGGUCAUUUGCCAGGAUGCGCGCGCCUUUCGUCUCCACGAACACGAACCACAAGCGUACGAGCGCAAGGAAAUGAUCGCCCAAGGCCAAAUCGUUCGCGACCUCGACGAGAAUGCGGAUGCCGGCGGUGCUGAGCUUGUCACGAUGAGCUAUGCUUUGAGCAUGAUACCCGAGUUCUACCCCGUCAUCGACUCGAUUGAUAGCUUGAUGAGCCCUAACGGCGUUAUCGGUGUUGUCGACUUUUACGUGCAGAACCAGGUCGACUUCAUGGGCAGGAACUACAUGGGUGGUGCUAUUGAUCGUCACUGCAUGUGGACCUCACGUGUAUUCUGGCGGACAUGGUUUGAGAUUGACCGCGUCAAUCUUGAGCCCGCUAGACGAGAUUAUCUUGAAUACCGAUUUGGUACAGUUCUUAGUAUCAACGCUCGCAACAACUUCUUUGGUACUGGUAUCAAACUCCCUUAUUUCAUCUGGCUCGGAUGUUCGAAAGAGCAUGGCGCGUCUACGCAGAAGCUCGCCGAAAUCGAUGCGGCCGCUACCGAAUCGCCGUACCUCACAGCUCUCGACCUCCAGACAGGAGCUACGCAGACUGAUGUCGAAGUACAUUCAAAAGCUUAUGAGUCGGCGGUCGUGAACCUACAGUCUAGUCUACCUCUGCCGGCGACAUGGUACCAGAAUCACCACUGGCGUAUCCACUACGAUUCUGCCCUCCCCAAGCAUACCCGUUUCAACAACUCCUACAUCUACGCAUUCACCUGGGAGGACGAUGUAGCGGACAUGCGCCUUCUCAAGCCCACUUCCAACGACGUUGUCCUUGCCAUCGGCUCAGCAGGCGACAACAUCCUAGCCUUCUGUCUCGAGAACUGCCGCCGCGUCCACGCCGUCGACCUCAACCCGUCGCAAAACCACCUUCUCGAACUCAAAGUCGCCGCUUUCACCGCACUCCCUUAUAAGGACGUCUGGAAGCUCUUUGGCGAAGGCAAGCAUCCUGACUUCCACAAUCUCCUUAUCCAGAAACUUAGUCCCCACCUCUCAUCCGAAGCCUUCCAGUUCUGGCUGCACAAUGGGCCCUCUGUAUUCUCCUCCAGUUCCUCAAAGGGCCUCUAUUACUCUGGUGGCUCAGGCAAUGCCCUCUCAAUCGCAGGAUGGCUCUUCCACAUCCUAGGAAUGACAUCCGACGUGCAAAAACUCUGCGCAGCGCAAACCCUCAACGAACAACGAGAAAUCUGGCAACGCUCCAUCAAGACCGUUCUCCACUCCAAGAUCCUCACCUGGGCCAUCCUCGGCAACGAAAAGUGGCUCUGGAAAGCCCUCGGCGUACCACCCGCCCAACGCGCCGUCAUCGAAGCUGAUUUCAAGAAAACUGACGACUUCGCCGCACCACCGUCAUCGCCGUCGCAUACAAAGAGGGAUAGUGCGGCUGACUACAUGGCCUUCCACGAAGAACCUUCGGACGACGCACUCAAGUCAAGUUCUGGCAAUGCGAUUUACGAAUACGUCCUCAACACUUUUGAGCCCGUGAUAAACACUACUCUCCUCUCCACCUCAAACCACUACUACCUUCUCACUCUCCUCGGCCACUACACACCAACCUCGCACCCCACCUACUUAUCGCCUAAAUCCCAUCUCAGGCUCUCAAAGCCCGCCGCGUUCAACGGAUUGCGUAUCCACACGGACGAGAUCUCCGAGGUGAUUAGCAGAAUGCGACCGGGUACUUUGACGAUUGUCGUUGUGAUGGAUAGUAUGGAUUGGUUUCCGCCCCAGGGAAACCAGGCGGUUAAGCAGAUUAGAGCGCUGAAUCGCGCGCUGAAGGUCAAGGGGAGGGUUAUGUUGAGGAGUGCGGGGUUGGAGCCGUGGUAUAUCAAGGUGUUUGGGGAGUGUGGAUUUGCGGUGAAGAGGGUGGCUGUUAGGGUGCCGGGGAGUUGUAUUGAUCGGGUCAACAUGUAUGCAUCCACGUGGAUAUGCACAAAGGAGGUGGGGAUUGAACACGAGGAUGUCAAGGCGGGGUUGAGGAAGACGAGUUUGGCUGAAUUGAAGCUUGAGGCUCCUGCGAUGCGUGUGGAGUAG